UUAAUCUCAGCUCUGCUAUAUAAAAACGAUCUUCAGCCAACUCUCUCUGUUUUCAGCAUCAUCUUCUUCAACCAAGCUAAGCAAGGAAAACCUUAGUAGUAUGGGGAGAGGGAAGAUUGAGAUAAAGAGGAUUGAUAGCAUUACCAAUAGGCAAGUGACGUUCUCCAAGAGAAGAGGAGGGCUUCUGAAGAAAGCUCAUGAGCUCGCUGUUCUUACAGAUGCCCGUGUAGGCGUUAUGAUCUUCUCUGCUAGUGGCAGGCUCUAUCAAUACAACAGCCCUGGUGAAAGCAUGGAAAGAAUCAUAGAAGACUAUCUUAAAGUUCACCAUAUCCAGUUGGAGGACCUUAACAGCCACCAGCUACUUCAGUUCGAGCUAGCAAAAAUAAAGCAGGACACACAUGUGCUUCAGGCGAGCAUUAGGCAGUUUACUGGGGAAGACUUGACUGGCCUAACCAUUAAUGAUCUUAACCUGUUAGAAGAGCAGCUUGAUUACUCUGUUUCUAAGAUUCGGACACGCAAGCAUGAACUCCUCCAUCAACAACUCGAGAACCUCCGCCGAAAGGAGCACAUAUUAGCAGACCAGAACACCUGCUUAUACAGAUCUGUAAUGGAGAUGGAGCAGGAGCGGCAGAUGGAAGAGGAACAUAAGUUAAGGGAAAUGAGUCUUCUAGAACCCUUCGGUCAUUUUCUAGAAGAUUCUAGAAGCAUGCUUCAGCUGGGCCCACAAACACUUCCAUUUCAGCUGCAGCCUACCCAGCCUAAUCUGCAGUACUCUGAACUCCAUGGCCAUGGACUGCAGCUCUGGUAA